GGUUCCCCGGGGCAGAUCCUCUUUUGCACGCUCAACACACACAAAGUAGACAUGCAGAAGCUGCUGGGGGGGCAGAUCGGCCUGGAGGACUUCAUCUUCGCCCACGUCCGGGGUGAGACGAAGGAGGUGGAGGUGACAAAGACGGAGGAUGCACUUGGCCUCACCAUCACAGACAACGGGGCCGGCUACGCUUUCAUCAAGAGAAUCAAGGAGGGGAGCAUCAUCAACCGCAUCCAGACGGUGUGUGUGGGCGACAGCAUCGAGGCCAUCAACGAUCACACCAUCGUGGGCUGCCGGCACUACGAGGUGGCCCGGAUGCUGCGGGAGCUGCCCCGGGCUCAGCCCUUUACCCUCCGCCUGGUGCAGCCCAAAAAGGCCUUUGGUGAGUUGGGGGGGUGA